UUUUGUUUUUGUUGUUUGUGAUUCUAUUUUGAGCCAACAGAGCAGAGCUGAGUGUGAGGUGGCCAUGGCAGCAGUAGUCAGUUACUGCAAGCCUUCGCCAUUUCUCGGUCGAUCCUCUCCUUCUUUAACUGGAAAAUCACCAUGCAGACAACCAUUUAGGAAUCAAGUGCAGAGAUCUCAAAUUAAUGCACUAUUUUGGGGAUCUAAGAAGUCUGUGGAGCAACAAGUACUGGACUUUUCAGUGGUAGAUUUCACUAUAACAGGGUCAGAACAAGAGGGAGCCACCGAAAACCAGGGAACAUCUAAAAAGAUAUACCUUUCAGUUAUUUCUUCAAUCUUAGAUGUUUCAGCAAAUGAAUGGGAUGCAUGUGCUCUGGAUACUACAGGCCCUGAGAAAUUCAAUCCAUUUCUUACCCAUGGGUUUCUUUCAAGCUUAGAAGAGACAGGUUGUGCUGUGAAGGAAACAGGAUGGACGCCAUGCCAUAUCGUUGCUAAGGAUGAGUCUGAAAAUAUUCUAGGUGUUGUUCCACUCUAUCUUAAAAGCCAUUCCUACGGUGAAUUUGUUUUCGAUCAUGCUUGGGCAGAUGCCUACUACAGUUAUGGAAUGAGAUAUUAUCCAAAGUUUCAGUGUUGUGUACCUUUUACUCCAGUAACUGGUCCAAGGAUUUUGAUACGUAAUAAUUUAUUCAAAGAUCAAGUACUAGGUGUCAUAAUAUCUGCGCUGAAGGAUCUCACAGCCAAGUCCCAGGUUUCAUCAUUACACAUUACCUUCUCAUCUGAAAAUGAGUGGCAUAAAUUCAGGGAAAAAGGUUUCAUGCAGAGGAUUGGAAUGCAGUACCACUGGAAAAAUCGUAAUUAUAAAAGUUUUGAUGAGUUCUUAAUGGAUAUGAAGCAAAGUAAAAGGAAAAAUAUUCGUCAAGAGCGUAAAAAGAUUCCUGCACAGAACUUGACUAUGAAACGGCUCCGAGGUUAUGAAAUAAAGGCUAGGCACUGGGAUUCCUUCUAUCAAUUCUACAGAAACACCACUGAUAACAAGUGGGGUAGUCCUUAUCUAACAAGGGAUUUCUUCCACAAUAUGGGAUCAAAGAUGGGAGACGAUGUAUUACUUGUUGUUGCUGAAGAAGGGGAUGAACUUGUUGCAGGAGCUCUAAAUCUUAUCGGGGCAGAUACUCUAUUUGGUCGUCUAUGGGGUUGUCAUCCUGGAGCCUAUUAUCCAAGUUUGCAUUUUGAAGCAUGCUAUUACCAGGCAAUAGAAGCAGCUAUCGAGCUUGAUCUGAACACGGUUGAAGCCGGAGCUCAGGGCGAGCAUAAACUUCAGCGAGGUUAUAUGCCUGUGACAACUUACAGCUGUCAUUACCUUGUGGAUGAAAGUUUCAGGAAACCCAUAGAGGAGUUUCUAGUGCGCGAAGCAACUCAGGUUAGGCUUGUUAUGAAGUUCUUACAAGAUUCUGGUCCCUUCAAAGAUGGAAUAGAAGGGUAAUUGGCAUUAUUUUUAUCCAUCUUCAACUUCUACUUCUUAUAAGUAUAAUUUUACCAUAAUUUCAUGUACAUAAUUAGAAUUACGAUUUUAAAAUAUGUAAAUUACCAUGAUAAUCAAUUUUUAUAUGCUCUUCGCUUCCGCAUUUCCUGCUUAGU